GGGACUAAAGUAAAGCUUUCGCUACAGGGAAACAUUGGGGAAGACGAAUGUGUCUGAACGACUUUAUUCUCUAUUAAUAGACAGGGAGGCAUUUUGUGCUUGUUCAUGCUACACUGUAUAUGUGCGACAGCUGUGUGUUAAAGUCCGUGAGUGUAGAGUAAAGGGGUGGGGGAUUUUCGGGGAGAAAGCGUCGUUUGGGUCAAGAUGUCGAUUCAGUACGGAGAAGCGCUGGCAGACGGCUACGGGGUGGCCGACUCCUUUCCCAAAGAUUUCGGUUAUGGAGAAGAGGAGGCUGACAUGGAGGACAGUCCAGCACCUUCCGACAGCAAGCCGAGAAUACUACUGAUGGGCUUGCGAAGGAGUGGGAAGUCCUCCAUUCAGAAGGUCGUGUUUCAUAAGAUGUCCCCCAAUGAGACCUUGUUUCUGGAGAGCACAAAUAAAAUCUACAAGGAUGAUCUCUCCAGCAGCUCUUUUGUCAACUUUCAGAUCUGGGACUUUCCUGGUCAAGUAGACUUUUUUGACCCGACCUUUGAUUAUGAGAUGAUCUUCAGAGGAACUGGCGCGUUGAUAUUUGUCAUUGAUGCACAGGAUGACUACGUGGAGGCUCUUGGCAGACUCCACUUAACAGUAUCUCGGGCUUAUCGCGUCAACCCUGAAAUCAACUUUGAAGUGUUCAUCCAUAAAGUUGACGGCCUAUCUGACGACCACAAAAUUGAAACACAGAGGGAUAUUCACCAGAGGGCUAAUGAUGACCUGGCUGAUGCCAGCUUGGAGAAACUGCAUCUUAGCUUCUAUUUGACAAGUAUCUAUGACCACUCUAUAUUUGAGGCAUUCAGUAAAGUGGUUCAGAAACUCAUCCCCCAGCUGCCCACCCUGGAGAACCUUCUCAACAUUUUCAUUUCUAAUUCAGGGAUUGAAAAGGCUUUCCUGUUUGAUGUGGUUAGUAAGAUCUACAUCGCUACAGACAGUUCACCAGUAGACAUGCAGUCCUAUGAGCUGUGCUGUGACAUGAUUGACGUGGUCAUUGAUGUAUCGUGCAUCUAUGGAUUAAAGGAAGAUGGCAGUGGCAGUGCAUAUGACAAGGAGUCAAUGGCGAUCAUUAAACUCAAUAACACCACUGUUCUCUACCUGAAAGAAGUCACCAAGUUUCUUGCCCUUGUCUGUAUUCUUAGAGAAGAGAGCUUCGAGCGCAAAGGCUUAAUAGACUACAAUUUUCACUGUUUCCGGAAAGCCAUUCAUGAAGUGUUUGAGGUCGGUCUGUCCACACCGAGGAUGGGGGCCCAGGCAGCCGGAACACCCUGCUUGAUGAAGACGGUGGCACUGAAUGGCACCCCCAGGAGCACCGUGUAGUGAAUGCAUAGAUGGGAGGAUGAAAAGACUAGAGAGGAAGAGGGAGUCAGUGGAGAAAGACAGACAAUAAAUGGGAGGCGCACUGCCAUGCCAACCAUUUUGCCUGCUCCCAAAUGCCUUAUACACCGAGCAAAGGACUCUAAAGCCUCUGAAAGACAACACAGAGCAAUAGGGUGGAUGGUUGCAGCAUAACGGGGUAAGCAAUAGGACAGAAGGGAAGACGCACAAAGGGAUGGCCCUUUUUGUGUUCUUAAAUGGCAUUAACAAACUGGUUUAAAAGGAUAAUACUAGACCGCAAUCAAAUGACUAGAAAUGCAAGCAGAGGGGAGCGCAGUGUGGCCCUCUCUGCGCAAAGCCUUCACACACUGACCGCUACCUGAGCAACAGAAGCUGAAUGAACCCUGUACUGUUCGACUCCUAGCCUCAUGAGCUGAUUCUACAAAGCAUCUGGUGUAAUCCAAUGGUGGAAAAUGUGAUGGUACUUGCUAUUGGGCACCGAUUGGAGAGCCCAGCUGGCUGUGUGUGUACACAGCAAUGCUUGUGAAGCCUUAUAUAGAGGAGACUUGCCUGAUGCAAGUACCUGCUUACAUUUAUCUAAUCCUAUUUCCUAAGCUGUUGCUUUUUUUUUUUUUUUUAAAGGUUUUCCAGGGAGUGUGAAAAGGGAUUAAAGUGCAUUGUGUAGCCUGUUUGUGUGUGAAGAAGGUGUGCGUUUCUCUGUGUGUGUGUAUGUAUGUGUGUUCCUUUCCUGCCUGUUGAGGCUCACAGAGCUGUUGUGACCUCACACACAGGGCUGCACAGUUGUAACAAAACAAUAAUUGUAUUUUUAAAAAUUAAUAAUUAAUUGAAAUAAACAGUUAUUGUCUUCAGAGAAACCCUGAUGCUUUGUCCGAGAUAAACGAUGGAACAUUCAAGGAGCACUCACUAAAUGUGCAGUGCUGUUCAUAAAUAUAAGGAUUUAGUAGUCAGUUGCGUUUUAAUCAAAGUGGAAGCAUUUGUCUUUUGCAUUGAAAUGACUGGAGUCCAAAGCAGUUAUUUUUGCUCUUAAGCAGUUUAGCUGUGCAGCCCUCAUCUCUCACUCAGAAUGUUACAAAACAGGGAAAUACUUGUACAGAUAAGCGGUAGGACACUGUGAUUGCACUCACUUUUGUUUAGUUGCUUGGUCUGAGAGACUCUGUGCAUCUGUGCACGCGGUGGUUUGAUUCAGAAUGAACUACAUUCCGGGUUGUGUGGUGCCAGUAUCUUCUAUCAUGGAUAUAUUCACUGUCGCUCUUUCCACAGAAUUACCAGUAUUUUGUUCAGCAUAAAAAUAAAUCCCAAGAGUCCACAUUGGAGCCACUAUUACAGUAUAUCACACUUGCUCCAAGCAUGUCUACUGAAUCCACGUAACCCCCCCCCCCCCUUUUUUUCUUUCUUUCUUUUUUUUUUUUUUGAGUUGUAAAGGGAUGCACACUAACCCAGUAUAAAUGAAAUCAAAGAAGGAACAACCAAAUCUGUAAUUCUAACUUUCCUAGGGUUAUUUCUCUAGACCUCUUGUGAUUUCUUGCUUUUCAGACUGCAUAUGAGAUUAUAUCUGGCUUAUGUUCUGCUAGAAAUGUUACCAUUCACGAGAAAUAAAACAUGCACUGAA